UUAAUUGUGGUCUCCUGUCGUUCCUUCAGCAAUUACCCUCUACCUCCGUAGUUGAUCAUACGAAUCUUCUGAUUUUCCUAAUUGGUCCAUAAAAGUGAAGAACUAAAUUAUAAGUAAUAUAACCCGUUACAUAACAUUGGCGAGCCAGGGCCAGGAGGUGGUGCUGUAUUGCUGAAGACAGGCAGUUGAUCUUUAAACCCAUUUUAGUGCUCAGACAAAUUAACCAAUUUGUUGUCAAAAUGGAUGUAAUUUUCCAAGAAGGUAUCAAAAUCCCAAAUGCUGUAAUAGUUAGUGGGGUAACUGGAACAGCGAAUGAUGAAGAACUGAUAAAAAUUCUGCAAGAACAUGGUUCUAUUGCUAGGUCAGUCAAAAUUCAGGACCCUGAUUCUGACUUCCAUCGUGACUUAAUUAUUGAGUUUGACAGUGGCUGUGCUUUACAGUCAUUAGAGCUCAUGUUGCCCUAUACUUACCAACUAACCAGUGAUCCAAAUGUCACUUAUAUAGUGAGAUCUUUAUCCAGUGUUUACACCCGAAAGUUGGGGGGUAGUGCUACCAGAUCAUACCUAGAAGGAUUGAAAGAAAUUGCGAAACUCAGUGGGGCAAAUUUUGAAGCAAUGUUGAGUGAAAUGCUGACAGAAAUGAGUGCUGUAGUUCUUCCUGCAGGCUCUACAUCUGAAGCUGUUGAUGAAAACCCUAUUAGACCAUCCCGUCAAGAGCCGCUUGAAGGCAAAGCAACUCCAGUUAUCGCUCAGCCUUGCCAAGAAGGAACCCAGCAGACCCAUCCUCCUGCUUCUUAUGUGGCUGACACCACAGUUCUUACCUCUCCCACGAUACUUAACCCGCCUGAAGUUCAGAGGUUAGUUGUUGAACAUGUGGUGAGGAGUGGAGAAGCUGUUGCUCAGGUGCAUGCUCCCAUGCGACUCAGGUUAUUUUCUGGGAGGAAACCUAGACCUGCCAACGAGACAGAUUAUGAUGCAUGGCGUUCUAGUGUGGAUCUUAUUCUGAAAGAUCCUGCAAUAUCUGAUCUGCAUGGGUCACGAAAGAUCCUGGAAAGUCUUUUGCCCCCAGCUGCUGAUGUUAUUAAACACUUGAGUCCUGAAGCUUCCCCAUCAGCUUACCUGCAGUUGCUAGAUUCUGCUUUCGGCACGGUAGAAGAUGGUGACGAACUCUUUGCUAAAUUUAUGAAUACCUUGCAGGAUGCAGGGGAGAGACCUUCAUCUUACUUGUCUAGGCUUCAGGCAGCCUUGAGUGUAACGAUUAAGCGUGGUGGGGUUUCGCCCAGUGAAGCAGACCGACAUCUCUUGAAGCAAUUCUGCCGGGGCUGCUGGGAUGAUGGGUUGAUCGCUGACCUGCGAUUGACACAAAAACGUGAUGAUCCUCCACAUUUCGCACAGCUGUUAUUGAUGCUACGUACUGAGGAGGAUAAACAUGCUGCAAAAACCAUGCGCAUGAAACAACAUCUAGGUGGUACCAAGCAGCGCGCACUGAUGCAUACCCACAGAACCUGGGUGUCUGAUGAAACUGAACAAGCUGCAGCCUCCAAUGUGCUGUCAUUGGCAACAGAAGCUAAAGAACUAAGAAAACAGAUAGCAACUCUUCAGAGUCAACUAGCAAAACUCACCUCUAAAGCUGAUGUCCCAAAGAAAUCUGCAUUGCAGGCAGUGGGUCAGAAAUCCUCAAUCACAGAGAAAAGAUCAAGCAAACAGAGCACUGUAACCACAAUACCUGCAAACGGUAAACAAUCUGACAAACCCAGGCCAUGGUAUUGUUUUAAAUGUGGAGAAGAUGGCCAUAUUGCCUCCUCCUGUGAGUCAGAGCCCAAUCCAACACUGGUGGCUGAAAAGCGUAAAGUCUUGAGGGAGAAACAAUCCCAGUGGGAGUCUCAAUACAACAUCACAAAACCUGCUUUAAACUAGAGCCAGUUCCUGUUGCGG